AUUAAUCUUCUUAGAAAGGGGAAAGGAAAGCAAAAAUAAAAUAACGGAAAAAAAAACGCGGCUGCUUGUAUAUACCAAAAACCGGAGAGAGAGACUCUUCCUGCCCCUUCCUGCUAAUUGAUUCCAGCUAUAGAGAUCGUAACAAAGCGACUACAAGCCUUCAGGUCCCACAAAAUCAUUUGGGGCUUUGCAAAAGAUCUUUUUGUUUAAUUUGCUUUAGUUAUUGGAAUUUAAAUAUCCAAUCUCUGGGUCGGUGGCAUCGAUUCGGAUUUUAUGAUCGGGUCUGAUUUUGAUCGUUACAUUGGAAAUCCUCGGUGGGUUUUUGGUCUUGUGGAAUGGGUCAGGUCCGGUGUUAUGUUUCGAUUUGCGGCGAGAGAGGUCUAAGUUUGUGACUUGAUUGAUUGUCCCUUUAACAUAAUAUAAUUUGUUAUUGUUUGAUGAUUUCUUUGGGGAGGAGAGAUGCGAGAAAGGAGCUAGGGUUAGGGUUUGGCGUUGGGAGAGAGAUGGAGGACACUGAGCUUGAAGAAGGGGAGGCUUGCUCGGACCAUAACAACAACGAUGAUGUUUAUGAAGCAAGCAUGGACCCAGAUAUUGCUCUCUCUUACAUAGAUGAGAAACUUCAGGAUGUCUUGGGACACUUUCAGAAAGAUUUUGAAGGUGGAGUUUCAGCAGAGAAUUUGGGGGCCAAGUUUGGUGGUUAUGGUUCAUUUUUACCUGCCUAUCAGCGUUCUCCUGUUUGGUCUUAUCCAAGGACUCCACCAAAAGUUCAGCACUACAACUCUCCUAGAUCUCCAAACAAUUCACAACUGGAGGGUGUCCAUCGUGGCUCAGUUUCUUCAUCAACUGUGCCCCAGUCAGUAAGACUUGAACCUGCUUCUUCCAGUGCGACUUCACUGACUGCAUCAAAAGCAUCAUCCUCCAUUAUUGUUUCAGUCAUACAAGAAGCAGGCUUGUCGGCCACUAAUAUAGCUAAGGAACAUGCUCUGAGACAUGAAUCAGUAAACCGGAAAUCUGUUAAUUUACCAGACCGAAAAAUGUUCAAGGUUCGAAUCAAGGUGGGUUCUGAUAAUUUGUCGACACAAAAAAAUGCUGCAAUCUACAGUGGUCUUGGCCUUGAUGUGUCGCCAUCUUCAUCACUGGACGACAGUCCCUCUGGAAGUGAAGGGAUGUCUCAUGGACCUCAAGAUUCUCCAUUUAAGUCUCCAGCUCAUAUUCUUCGGAUAAUGACUUCAUUUCCGGUUCAUGGGGGUUUAUUGCUAUCUCCUCUACCUGGUGAUUUAAUUCACCUCAUAGAAAAGGAAAAGCUUCAUAAAGGCAGUGGAUCGUUGCAUUCCCAUACGGUUGAUAUAGAAAGUUCUGGCAUUAUAGUUAAUGGGUCUGAUUCUUUGAAAGGUGAUGGAAAAAUAUUGGGAGAAAAGAAAAUAAGGUCAGAGAGAAAUGAAAUAUCAUCAGAAUCAAAAAAUGAAAAUAAUAAGGAUUCUUGGAGUGGUAUUGUUGUUUUGCCGAAGGUGAUGGACCUUGACACUUUGGCCUUUGAGGAACUUGUUUCUAACACGCUAAAACUUCCUCUUGUCUCCAGUUCAAGUUCUGUUUCUGAUUCAGCAAAAGGCUUGGUUAGGGCAUCUAAUACAUCUAGGGAAGCAUAUAAGGGUGUAAUGAGGGACAAAGGCUUUUCUGAUCUAACAAAGGAGGAGCCAUUAGGGCUGUUGUAUACACAUGAGGAUGCCUUGGUUGAGAAUCCCAAAGCUACAUCAGCUGGAAAGAUCUGGGAUGACAAGAAAGCUAGUUCUCUUGACAGUGGUGGUGUCUACCCUAGGAAAGAUGGCAAUCGGAUAGGAGAAAAACCUUAUGACUCUGUCAAAAGUGACUCAAAUAUUUCAAAGGGUCUGAAAGCUGUAAGCUCUGAACUGACAGACACUCCCAAGCAGAAGGCUGAUCAGAAAGUCACAUCCCAUGAAAAGGAAGGUACCAAGUUUCCUUCAGGCAAGGAGCGUUCAUUUUCUGAGGGGAAAAAGAAACUAAAAGAUAGCUUGACAGGUGGCUCUUCUUUGGUAGUAAAAAAUAAGAAGAGCAGUUAUGCAGAUGACUGUCCUAAAGGGGAGUUAGAAGACUCAAAAUCUCAAAAGAAUACUACAAAACCUGGGGAUAGGUAUAGAGAUUUUUUUGGGGAUAUUGAACUAGAUCAAGAAGAGAAACAAAUGAGUCCGUUGGAAAUGAGUUAUGAAGAUAGACUGAAGGCCUCUGACAUCGGUGAAAAAGGCACGCAUUUCUCUAAUAAUGCAUUAAAGGAGAGAUCAAGUGAUAAGAAAAUUGAUAAGCUGUCAACAUUUGAAGUUCAUCCUAAAACAGCUUUGAGAGUUGCUCCCUGCUCUGGAAAUGGGACUAUAUCUGAUUUUGGUCCUGCUGCAACAGAAGACAAUUGGGUCUGUUGUGACAAGUGUCAGAAAUGGCGGCUUCUUCCACUUGGUAAAAAUCCUAAUGACCUACCAGAGAAGUGGCUGUGUAGCAUGCUUAAUUGGCUGAAUGGUAUGAACCGGUGUAGUUUUAGUGAGGAAGAAACAACAAAUGCUGUUUUGGCAUUGAACCAAAUCCCUGCUCCAGUGAGUCAAAAUAAUCUGCUGAUCAAUCCAGGUGGGGUUACAUCCAAAUUUGCCUCAGUUGAUAGUCAGUUUGAUCAGAACCACCUAGACAUUGGUUUGCAUGCCAUUCCCAGUGGUGGAAAGAAGAAAGCUUUUAGGGAUGGUUCUACUCCAUUGCCAAACUCUAUAAAGAAGAGUGUACAGUCAUCACUGACAAAUGGAAGCUUAAAUGGUGUGAACCAACCUAUGGUAAGUGAAACUGAUUUUCUGAAACUAAGCAAGUCUAGUGACUUGGCUGCGGAGAAGUACAAACAUAAGCAGAAAGAGAAGCAUAGAGUAGACAACUGUUCCAAUGGAGGUGAUCCUAGGCAAUCAAAGAUGAAAGGCAAAAGGGACCCUGAGCAAGAUUUAUUCAGGGCCUCCAAGAAAAUCAGGACUGAAAGUUUGCAAGAAGAUUGGGUGUCUGAUCCUGUAAACAUUGAAAAGGUAGGUCCUAGUUCAAGUAAUGGUCUGCCUAAAAACACUGGUCGCUCUUCUUCUAAGGAUCAGGUACAAGUUCCUGCUAGAAAACCAAAGGAGGAUGUUCCAAUUUCCAUGGAUGAUGUACCUAUGGAUAUGGGAAAUCAGAUUGAUAUAGAAGUUGGAAAAAAGAGGAAGGUAAAGGGAAGUCAUGAUGCUCAAGCCAAUCCAUGUGAGCUCUCAAAUAUGGGGCAUAGUCUCCAGAAAAGCAGGAUCCUGGCCAAGGAGGAGUUCAGUGAGAAUGAGUACAGGAAAGAGAAGAAAGCCAGGAUAUCCAGGUCUGAUGAAAAGGAGGCCAGUGCAAGUAAAGGCAGUAGUAAAUCAAACAAAAAAGGUAGUUGUAGAAAGAACAAGCAACUAAGACAAGAUGUUGGGAGUACUGUGUCUCAACGGAGCUUGGAUGGUAUGGAUUCUUUGAAAAGGGAUUCUAGAUCUCUACAUCCUUCUGUGGCAGCUACUUCUAGCUCUUCUAAGGUUUCUGGUUCCCACAAAGCCAAAGUCAAUGUCCAUGACACUAAGGGAUCUCCAGUAGAAUCAGUUUCUUCAUCACCUCUGAGAGUUCCAAAACCAGGUAAGCUUAUGACAGUGCGAAGGAACUUAACUGAGAAAGAUGACUCCACUGAUACUGGUUUUUUUGCCCUAGGUGGUCAGAGAAGAUGCUCAGAUGGUGAAGAUGAUGGUGGGAGUGAUCGAUGUGUGACAGCAAAGAAGGAUAAAAUUCUUGAUGUGGCUCAUCAUGGUUCCCUUGAAUCCUCUGUGCUUGAUUUUCAAGAAAAAGACUUGAGUCAUGUUUCUGGUGGUAAAGCUAAACAGCAGAUCAUGCCUUCCCCCAAUGUUAUAAACCACCACUCUGCAAAUGGUGGUGCAGAUUAUUUAGGCCAAGACAGUCGAUGUCCUGUUGAAACUACAUCUUCAGAUCGAUGUUGCAAAGAUAAUAGACAACAUGAAUAUCAUUAUCAUGUGAAUGGUUCCAAUCCAAGGAAGUCUGGAAAGGGAUCCUCAUCAAGGUCCAAAGACAAGAAUAGAUGUUUAAAUUCUGAACUUGACAAUGGUAAAGUUAUGGUUUCUGACUCGAUUAAUGUGCGAGCACCUUCUUAUGAAGAGAAACCAACAGAUGGUAAAGUUAAGAUUGAAGAGAAGGUUGGGGUCAGAUCUGAUGAAAGUGAGAAGAGAUAUGUUGAUAAAAAGGACCCCACUGGAGUAUUGUCAAGUGAGAGUAGUAAAAAAGAGAGUCGGUCUAAAUUUCAGGUACACAAUGGUCCUGAUAGUAAAGCACAUGCUAUUUCCAGCGAUGAUAUGGCUUGUACGCCAAAGCAGAUUCUGCCGCUUGAUUGUGAGGCAGUCUCUGGGAGAGGGAAGUCACCAUCAUUACCUCCCUUCAGAGUUGCUCCAAAUGACACAACGUCUCACUGCCCUCUACCAGUUUCUGGGACUCAGAAAGGAAAUGGAGCAAAGAUUUCAGUUUUUAAUGCCUCUGACAGUGAUAAUGCAUUGAAGACGCAGAAACAAAUCAGAAAUGUUGAUCAAACAAAUGGGACUUGUAACCACAGUUCAAGGGAUCCCCUGUCAAAUGAGCACAGGGGCAGGGAUCUUGAUGCCCCAAGUCCAGUUAAAAGGGAUUCCUCCAGUCAGGCUGCUACAAAUGCACUGAAAGAAGCUAAAAAUCUAAAACACCUGGCUGAUCGUCUCAAGAGUUCUGGGUCGAAUCUUGAGAGUACAAAGCUUUACUUUGAGGCAGCCCUUAAGUUUCUUCAUGGAGCCUCCCUGUUGGAAACUUGCAGCAGUGAGAGUGCCAAAACUGGAGAGAUGAUUCAGUCGAUUAAAGUGUACAGUAGCACUGCAAAACUCUGCGAGUUUUGUGCCCAUGAAUAUGAGAAGUCCAAAGACAUGGCUGCUGCUGCCCUGGCCUACAAAUGCAUGGAGGUGGCAUACAUGAGGGUAAUUUAUUCUUCACAUGCCGAUGCAAAUAAUGAUCAACAUGAAUUGCAGAAAGCCCUACACAUGUUUCCUCCAGGUGAGUCUCCUUCUUCUUCUGCAUCUGAUGUUGAUAACUUGCAUCACCCAGCAACAGUGGACAAGGGUUUCUCAGCCAAAGAUGCUCCUCAAGUGACAGGAAGCCAUGUCAUUGCUGCGCGAAACCGUCCCACUUUUUUGCGGUUGCUUAAUUUUGCUCAGGAUGUAAAUUUUGCAAUGGAAGCCUCGAGAAAAUCACGGAUUGCUUUUGUGGCAGCUAACGUAAGCUUAGGAGAAACCCAACAUAGAGAGGGUCUAUCAUCCAUUAAAAAAGCUCUUGAUUUUUAUUUCCAAGAUAUAGAAGGAUUACUACGUCUGGUACGGCUUGCAAUUGAAGCUAUAAGCCGCUAAAGAGUCCAGUUUUUUGUGGAGAUUGUACCAAAUUUGGGAGGAAAUAGAAGAGCCUGGUUAUUUGUGACCUGAUUUUCUCUGUUGCAGUUCUGGAGACUUCUGCUGGAGACUAGUCAUUGCCAUCUCACCAGCUUUGUUUUGUGUACAUUUGUAUGAUACAGGAAGGAUUUGGAAUUUUGAGUAUAUUUUUUCAUCAUACUUUAGCUGCUUUCUGAAGCAGAUAAAGACCAUAAUGUUAAAUCCAUUUCAGGAUUGGUCUUAAGGAAAAUUGAUUUAUCAACUUCUACAGAAAUGAUUGUGAGAUUGUAGAAAGUGGCCAUUUUAUGAUGCGGCAGGACUGUGGUUGAAGAAAUAAGCGCAUAUAGUUAGGGAACCCCGACUAUAAAUAUGCGUGGGGUUGUAGGAUUUCAAUACAAGGAUGUGCCAUCUUUAUGGCAGUUGUUUUUACCUGGACGGAGAUGAGUUUAGCUCUCCUGUUAAUUCUUUACGUACAACAUAUUUGGAUACAGAAGGAUGGCCAUUGUAAAAUUUGUGCAAUGACAUGAAUCUUAAUUCUACUAUCGGAGACUGCAGUAACUUUCUUGGUUCGGGAUCUUUGUAAAGAUGCUAAUUAUCUGGCUGUCUCAGGUCGUCUUUAGGAGGUUCUGACAAGUUAGGACAAUUUUCUUUGUUAAUGUAGACGAGCAGGAAAAAGUUGGAAAAGUGUAUAUUCAAAAAAUAUUGAUAUAGCCAUGUGAGGUCACUCGAGUAGUUUUCCUUGAAGUGGCUAUCAUGUAUAUUUAUAUAUACACAAUCAGGUUAAGCAACAAUGUAGGCUUCAUUUUCUUUCUCCUUUUUUUUCUUUUCUCCCUUUCUGGGGUAGGGUCAUACAUGCUGUAUCAUCAGCCAAGACAUGAGGAUUUAACAGGCACUUGGUUAAUAUCCAAAGAAUCUCAUUCCAGUGGCAGCUGCCUGUACCCUAUGUCGUCUUUCUAGACCAGACAGAGUCAAAUUUCCCCCUUGAUUUCCCUUGAUUUAGCAAGCAUGCAUGCGUUUUCCAAUGAUGAGCAAAAAAAGGGGAAAUAUUGCUUUCAAGUUGAGCAACUGGGGUAGUUUCAGCAGCAGACAGGCUGGAUAUUUAUCUUUGAUGAAGUGUUUCUGCAUUUUAUUUUAGCCCCUACUCCCUUAUUCCUCUCAAAAACUGCUUAUCUACAGCAUUUUUCAUAUUAAUUGUAAAGUUAGUGAUAGGUUAUAUUCUCACUAGAACCUACCAUUCUCCUUUCUUCCCUUCCCAACAAAAGCAAAAGCAAAAGAAAAAGAAAAUCCAACACCUUCCCCGUUACAUGUAUAGGAGCAACAACCUUUAUUCAAGUAAGAAAGUUUUGAAAA